AUGGCGAAGAAGAAGAAAAAGGAGGAAGUAAAAUUUGUUACUGCAGAAUUUAAAGUCUCAAUGUAUUGUAAUGCAUGUGAAAGAACCGUUGCUAAAGCCAUCUCCAAGUUUAAAGGGGUGGAGAAGUUUAUAACAGACAUGAACAAGCAUAAGGUUGUGGUAACGGGUCGGUUUGAUCCUCAAAAAGUUUUGAAGAAACUAAAAAAGAAGACAGGGAAGAGAGUAGAGAUGGUAGUGAACAAAGAAAAGACACCGACUGCAUCCAACGGAGAGGAUCUGGUUCCAGAAGAAGUUUCAAAACUUGUUUCAGACCCACAAACGUUUGAUUAUUGCAAAGAGAUCAACGGACUGCUAGUUAUGUUUAGCGAUGAGAACCCAAAUGCGUGUUCCAUUAUGUAG